AUGCCAGCAUGCUUCAGCUGGAGUGAUGUCUUACAGUAUGAGACAAACAAAAUCAUCCGGAUCCAGAGCACCAAUUAUGGCACCAUUAAGUGGGUCUUGCACAUGAUCGUCUUUUCCUACGUUAGCUUCGCUUUGGUGAGUGACAAGCUGUACCAGCGUAAAGAGCCUGUCAUCAGCUCAGUUCACACCAAGGUCAAAGGGAUAGCAGAGGUGAGCCAGGAGGUCACAGAGGGCGGGCUGAAGAAGUUGGUGCAGAGUGUCUUCGACACCGCAGACUACACCUUCCCUCUCCAGGGGAACUCAUUCUUUGUGAUGACAAAUUUUCUCAAGACAGAAGGCCAAGAACAGGGCCUAUGUCCUGAGUUUCCAACCCCCCGGACACUCUGUUCCUCUGACCGGAGUUGUAGAAAGGGCUGGAUGGACCCACAAAGCAAAGGAAUCCAGACUGGCAAGUGCAUAACAUACAAAGGGAACAAGAAGACCUGUGAGGUCUCUGCCUGGUGCCCCAUUGAGGAGGUGGAAGAGGCCCCCAGGCCUGCACUCUUGAGCAGUGCUGAAAACUUCACAGUACUCAUCAAGAACAACAUUGACUUCCCGGGACACAACUAUACCACGAGAAACAUCUUGCCAGGCCUGAACAUCUCUUGUACCUUUCAUAAGACUCAGAGUCCGCAGUGUCCCAUCUUCCGACUGGGUGACAUCUUCCGGGAAACAGGAGACAGCUUUUCAGACGUAGCCAUUCAGGGAGGAAUCAUGGGCAUUGAGAUCUACUGGGACUGUAACCUGGACAGUUGGUCUCAUCACUGCCGCCCCAAAUACAGCUUCCGUCGCCUGGACGACAAGACCAUGAAUGAUUCCUUAUACCCUGGCUACAACUUCAGAUACGCCAAGUACUAUAAGGAAAACAAUGUUGAAAAACGGACGCUAAUCAAAGUCUUUGGGAUCCGUUUUGACAUCCUGGUGUUCGGCACUGGAGGAAAAUUUGACAUCAUCCAGCUGGUCGUGUACAUUGGAUCCACCCUUUCCUACUUUGGUUUGGCAACUGUGUUCAUCGACUUCCUCAUCAACACGUACUCGAGCACUUUCUGUCGCUCCCGCAUUUAUCCCUGUUGCAAAUGCUGUGAGCCUUGCGCAGUCAACGAGUAUUACCACAGGAAGAAGUGUGAGUCGAUCGUGGAGCCGAAGCCGACAUUAAAGUAUGUGUCCUUUGUGGAUGAGCCCCACAUCUGGAUGGUGGACCAGCGGCUGCUUGGGAAAAGUCUGCAAGUUGUCAAGGGCCAAGAAGUCCCAAGACCCCCGAUGGACUUCACAGACCUGCCCAAGCUGCCCUUAUUUCUCCACAACCCACCCCCCAUUCCUGGACAGCCAGAGGAGAUGCAGCCGCUUCGGGGAGAGGUGACCCCCAGGCCGAAGGGCAGUCCUGGCUGGUGCCAGUGUGGCAGCUGCCUCCCGUCCCAGCUCCCCGAGCGCUGCAGGUGCCUGGAGGAACUGUGCUGCCGCAGGAAGCCGGGGCCGUGCAUCACCACUUCCGAGCUCUUCAGGAAGCUCGUGCUCUCCAGACAAGCCCUGCAGCUCCUCCUGCUCUACCAGGAGCCCUUGCUGGCCCUGCAGACAGAGGCCACCAACCACCUGCUGCGACACUGUGCCUACAGAUGCUACACGACCUGGCGCUUUGGCUCCCGGGAUAUAGCUGACUUUGCCAUCCUGCCCAGCUGCUGCCGCUGGCAGAUCCGGAGGGAAUUCCCAAAGACUGAGGGGCAGUACAGUGGCUUCAAGAGCCCGUACUGACAUUCCGGGGCCACAGCCGUCACACGCAAGUCAUCAUGGCCCACAGGGGAGCCUCGCCUGCAAAGACCUGUGUCAGAUUUCUAGCCGAAGGGAAGUACAGCUCCUCUCUGUCAGCUCUUGUGUUUAGACCAACCAGCCAGCACCAAACCCUCUCCAUAUGGAAAAGAGCCAGAUUCCAAUUCCAACUUCCCUCUGUGCCCAGGAGGUUGUGCCACCCAGGCCUGUAAUGUCUGGACCUGGGUCUCCUCAUUGCCCAAGCUGCUUUUCAGAGCUCGUAAGGGGAGAGUGUGACAGUGGCUGUGACUGGUCUUGUAAUAGACAGAGCUGUAUGAGAAACAACAUCCCUCAUUACAGGUGACACUAGACUAAUUUCUAACUGAGAACAGCCCCUUGGGUCCUGGAUGGAGAAUAAAGUACAGGUAGCUACAAAUUCUUUGACACUAGACUGCCAAGGCUCAAGGGUGUUGCCUCCUCUGAGUGUGGGCUGCUCUGCUGGCAUUGUCUAAUAGUGGAUGUGAUGCUGUAUAUAUCUUAGGAUCCUAGGGGGCUGGUGGCUUUACUUCCUGUCCUCAGAACUCCUGCUGGGACGAACCCAACACCCAGGUAACUAACUGUCCACUGCCAUGCUGAGCGGAAGGCCGGCCAGCUCCAUGGAGCAGAACUGUCCAAUCAGCCACCAGCUCUCCUGCCUCCAAGCCCAGCCACCCCACAAGGCAGGCAAGCAACCCUCUGGGGAGCCCAGAUUCUGCUAAUGUAUGACAGGAAUUGCCCAACAUGCCCCAAGGAAGAACUGCCUGAUCAACCCAGAGAAAUAAUCUCUAUCUUCAGCACCAAGUCUGGGGCUGUUUAGUUCACACAGUAGGUAACUGGGACAAAGAGCAAGCCCGAUACUUGAGGUACAGACCCAGCCGCCACCUUCUUUGAAUCUAAGGUCCUUCCUGAGCUUGGUCUGUACCUGGAGCCUGUGCAGAGUUAGGUCUCUAUUGCGUACUUAGAGGAGGACUCACCUUGCCAGCCCAGGAUGCCCAUAAAUCUAACCAAAUAUCUUUCAGUUCUCAUUGCUGUCCUAUGGCUGAAAGAAUACUGUGGCCCGAAACCAGAAAAGGCCACGUUGGAGCCUGUAGCAUCCUGCAUUUUGCAGUCAGUAUGAAUGGAUGCCACUUUUCAAAAAGUCUGUUGACACACCCCUGUAGUCUUCACACCCAGGAGGCUAAGGCAGGAGGAAUGAGAGUUCAAGACCAGUCUGGGCUAAAAAGCAAGACCCAGCCUCAAAAAAAAAAAACAUGUCACCUCCACCCUUCACACUUUCUCUAUACCU